CCAAGAGAGAUAUAUACAUAUCAUCCGAGCAGUCUUCUUCAUAGUUCUAUACUCAAAACUGAAAACAUCGAGUCAUCCACAAUGUACAGGUUCAUCAAAUCAUCUACGAAAUUCAAAUUAUUAUGUCGUUCAAAAACCCUCUAUAGAUCAGCACAGUCUCCAUAUUCACCCAAUUCAAUUUUGGGUAAAGAAGAUUCAAGCUUUAUCCAUAAGUCAAAGUUAGAAUCUUGGAAUCAAAGUUCGGUUAGGAGUUACAGUAGGAGUAGUAGUAGUGAAUCGGAUAGUAGAGAAGCAAUUAAUUACGAUGUGGUGAUAGUUGGAGGUGGACCUGCUGGCUUAUCAGCUGCUAUUAAGCUCAAACAGUUGUGCCAACAAAAGGACGCUGACUUAUCUGUGUGUGUUGUUGAGAAAGGAGCUGAACUGGGUGCUCAUAUCUUGUCAGGAAACGUAUUUGAGCCCCGGGCACUGGAUGAACUCUUUCCCCNUCAGACCCGCAUAGUUUG